ACUCAGCCCAGUGAUAUUGACAAUAGAGAGAAAAAGGGAAAGUGACCGGGGGGAGGCCAGAGUCACCAGUUAGAAACCGAAGCUUUACACCCCCACCAGCAUCCCUACGAAAGUAGCCGGCUUCCCCCACAACUCACACAACACAGUCCCCCCUCCCGGUUCGCCGGGAUAUCCAUAGCCCAGGCCGCUUAGGGAAUGUGAAUCACUUCUGUAUGUAAGAAAGAUCUCGAGGUAAUUGGAAGGGAACUCCCGGGAUUAUCCCCAGAUUCGCGGGAAAAAGAUACCGGUUGGGAUCGGUGUGUGUUAAGGCCUAGAUUCUGCUCACCAGGGGAAAAUACUCCACAUCUCUAAUCCCUAUCAGGAGCUCCAAGGGAUAUGUCCUCAGCACCAACCACUCCUCCAUCAGUGGAUAAAUUAGACGGAUUUUCUCGGAAGUCCGUCAGAAAAGCCAGGCAGAAGAGGUCACAAAGCUCUUCUCAGUUCAGAUCUCAGGGCAAGCCAAUAGAACUAACACCUCUGCCGCUGCUUAAAGACAUCCCAACCUCAGAGCAACCUGAGCUAUUCCUUAAGAAGCUUCAACAGUGCUGUGUCAUUUUUGAUUUCAUGGAUACACUGUCUGAUCUUAAAAUGAAAGAAUACAAGCGCUCCACUCUGAAUGAACUGGUGGAUUACAUUACAAUAAGCAGAGGGUGCUUGACGGAACAGACUUAUCCUGAAGUAGUUAGAAUGGUAUCCUGCAAUAUAUUUAGAACUCUUCCCCCGAGUGACAGUAACGAGUUUGAUCCUGAGGAAGAUGAACCCACGCUUGAAGCAUCAUGGCCACAUUUACAGCUUGUAUAUGAAUUUUUCAUACGAUUUUUGGAAAAUCAAGAAUUUCAACCCAGUAUUGCCAAAAAGUAUAUAGAUCAAAAAUUUGUCUUACAGCUUUUAGAGCUGUUUGACAGUGAAGACCCACGUGAAAGGGACUAUUUAAAAACAGUCUUGCACAGAAUUUAUGGCAAGUUUCUGGGACUCCGAGCAUUUAUUCGAAAACAGAUUAACAAUAUUUUUCUACGAUUUGUUUAUGAAACUGAACACUUUAAUGGAGUAGCAGAAUUGCUGGAAAUAUUAGGAAGUAUUAUCAAUGGCUUUGCAUUGCCCCUGAAAGCAGAGCAUAAACAGUUUCUUGUUAAGGUGCUGAUACCUCUGCAUACUGUCCGAAGCUUAUCCCUCUUCCAUGCACAGCUGGCGUAUUGCAUAGUACAGUUUCUAGAGAAAGAUCCUACUCUCACAGAACCAGUCAUUAGAGGGCUUAUGAAAUUUUGGCCGAAAACAUGCAGCCAGAAAGAGGUUAUGUUCCUAGGAGAGCUGGAGGAGAUUCUCGAUGUGAUUGAACCCUCACAAUUCGUUAAAAUUCAGGAACCUUUGUUUAAACAGAUUGCCAAGUGUGUAUCAAGCCCUCACUUCCAGGUGGCUGAACGAGCGCUUUACUAUUGGAACAACGAAUACAUCAUGAGUUUAAUAGAAGAGAAUUCAAAUGUCAUCCUUCCCAUAAUGUUUGCAAGUCUUUACAGGAUUUCCAAAGAACACUGGAAUCCGGCAAUUGUGGCUCUCGUGUACAACGUGUUGAAGGCCUUCAUGGAAAUGAACAGCACAUUAUUCGAUGAGCUGACAGCCACUUACAAGUCAGAUCGCCAGCGUGAGAAGAAGAAGGAAAAGGAAAGAGAAGAAUUGUGGAAAAAACUUGAGGACCUGGAAUUAAAGCGAGGUCUUAGGAGUGAUGGAAUUAUCCCAACUUAACAGAGGGACCAUCUUCUUCCUUUCCUGUGGAGUCCCAUUUAUGUAGUAGAAGAUGGAGCAACAGUUUCUGUAUUGUGCAACUUUACAGUAGAUCACAUUUGUUUCAUUAUUACAGCAGCACUGUAUAUAACUGUCUAAAAACAAAAAUUAUAUGGACUUCAAUCCAAAGUUUGGACAGUAGAUGAACUCUUCAGAACUUUGCAAGCAUAAUCAUUGUUUUAAACUUUCUUUAAACCUUUGGAUUUCUUGAUAAAAAAAAAAUUGACAGUGUCGAAUUCCCAUUUUAAGGCACUUGGUAUCUAUGGCAUAAAGUAUGUUGGCGUUUCUGAUCAGACGACCUUGUUCAAAUUAACUUCUCUUUCUGCUCAACAGGUGAAAACUAUUUAUAUAGAAACAAACACACAAACCUUUAAUAGCAGAGUUUGUGGAACAACCUCCUCCUCUGGAAAACGUUCUCAUUGUUCUCCAUGACUUUCUUUGCACAUCUUCAAGAGCUGAAUGUCUUUGCAGGACUGUUCCUGGCAACGGUUUUGUAUGCUGGUGAUAUGUUUUGGCAAUGCCAGCCAAGCUCUGGUGCUUUUUUUUUUUUUUUUAAUUGCAGUUUGGGCAUGUAUAAGAGAAGUGUAUGGAUAGGUGGCGUUGAAUAUAAGAUUGCAUCCCAUGUACAAGUCUAUCGCAGUGCAAACCACAAGUACCCAACCAGUAUUAGUAUUUGCGCCAUCCUUAAGACACGGCUGUUUUAGAGACUCCCAUUUUAACCAUUAUUAUCCUUCAAAAUGUUAUUGGAACAUUUUGAAAUAAAGUUUAAAAAAAAAAACACUUUACGAACAGGAUGAGUCCUUGAACGGAUAGGAUUGUAUUCAGAGAAGGAGAAAGAAACUGUUUAGCUUUGUUUUAGAGCAUAACAUGCUGUUACCAAGUAUUCCAGCAAAUAAAAUAGGGAGGGUUUGUUUCUUAAAACCCAUAACAUUGUUUCUGUGGACUUUAGAGCUUAUCCAACCUCACAGUGCCUGCCCUCUGGGAAAAGGCCUCCAUCACACCCUUCUGCAUUCUGACCUGGAUGCACAUUCUUAACUACUGUAUUUAUCACCCAAAGUGGUUCUGCAAAUGCUACUGAACGAAAUCCUGGAAUUCCUGUUGUCCUGAGUAUUAAUAAUAAAGUUUAAAAAUGCUUUUAUAUCAAAGGUGCAUUGUGACCAAAUUGUUUAAAGCAAGAGAGAGAGGGCUCUGUUAUAAGUAUCUAGCGUUCUGCAGAAGAAGGAGUAGAAGAAAGCAACACACACAUCAUCUGACCUCUUGGUGGGUAAAAGUGCUGUCAAAAUUUGUGUACAGAAUAUAUAAAUAUAUAUAUUUUGCUGAUGCUGUCAUCAAGAUUUUUGUAAUUUCAGGAUGCUGUUAAAAGAAACUUGUCUGUAGCUGUAUCUGUAUUUCUGUAUAUCUGUCUAAUUAUAUAGGUAUACAGAUACAGCCAUAUCAGGUGAAAUUGAUAAUCCUUCAGACCAACGUAUUUUACAUAUAUAUGUACUUUAAUUAGUUAUCGAAGACAUUUAAUAGGCCUCUUGUAUUUGUAGUUGUUAAUGGUUUUCCUUUAUAUGUUUAGAAACAUUAGGCUGGCGUUUUUCUUUCCAUUCUCCGCAUUAUAAAUAACUAUGUCUCUUAUUUUAGUGUUCCAGGAUUAUCCGCUCACCCUCUCUGUACAAUUUUACUUUAAAAAACAAGAUGGAUAUUGUAAGCUAUUUCACUUUGUACAUAAGGCUGUUCAUUCUGAAAACAGCAGCUAUGAGCAGAAAAUGUAAGCAUACACCUGAUGUAUGGCGUAAUAUAAAUAUGUCUUUAGGGGGGGGAAGCAAAGUAAAGAUUUUUUUGCAGCCAUAUUGGCCUUGGAUAAAAGUGAAUAUUUUGUAGGGUAUGUGGUCAUGAAGGAAAGGAUUUAGAGCAUGGGACAUCAAUGCUUGCGGCUGUUGUGAACUGCCUCUCCUAGCAUGGUGACCGUAGGAGUCAACAAGAGCUGCAGAGUUGACAGUUUGAAACCCCUGUUAUAGGGCACUGGCAUAUGGAACAUUUUGCCACUUACACCAAAUCAUACACGUGGUUGGGCAACUAAAACCUGGAAAUGUAGUUUGUAACCUAUAAUCUCUGUAUCCAGCCUGUGCAUUUGUGUUUUCCAUCAAUAAUAUGAAUGCUCUGGCCAAAAUACAGCAAUAACCAUAUUCAAUUGAAAGGUGUUUCCAGGAGCUUUGUUGUGUGUCCACAUGAGUGAUAAAAUGCCCCAUUUGCCAUAACCCUUAGAGCAAUAAAUUAGAAUUCUGUAUCCGAUAUACCUUAGCAGCCGAAUAGUGAAAGGCUUGUUUCUGCAAAGGCUCUAUGAUUUGUUUGGCUCUCUAUUGGUUACAGAACUACUCCCCAAAUAAAGUACAGUGGUAUGGAAUUCUGAAACGAGAGUGCUAAGGGAUUGUAACACAUGCUUUGAAUUAUUAUGAACAACCUCAAAUGCUCUUCCUACAAAGAUCUCUUGAAGCUAACUUUUACGGAUUUAUUGCAGUGGAGCAAGAGCCAUUGUCACGGGUGAUUUGUUUAGCGUGAUUAUACUGUUAAACAAAAAAUUUUAGACUGUCAAAUGUUUUCAUUUACAUUGCAACUUCAGUGGAUGCAAGGUCAUUGAAAAAAAUAAAAUAAAAUAGGCAUUGCAAAAUAUAUCGUCCCGUAAAUGUCAGAUAUUGUCCCAUCACAAAAAUUAGCUGCGUGAUAUUUUAAUAAAAAAAUGUACAUUCAAAAA